CACUGCCUUAAUUACUUAUUCUUUACUGCGAAUUGUCAACCAAUAUCCUAAAUAUCUAAUCUAAUGACUCCAGUGAUGAUUUUUUUUUUAAAUUUACUUUCAUAAUUGGACUUUUCAGUGAAUUAUUUCUUAGGUAUGUACAUUCUUGUACAGUACCUACCUAUAGGUACUUAUUGAUUUGAGCAAUUAUGUAUCAUCAACUAUAGGUAUCAUUAUUUUCCAUUUGUACCUAAUUGUCAACUCACGAAAUAGGUACCUACCAACAAUUUAACAUCAUUUAAGAAAUGGGUGAAUGAAUGAAUGGAUAUAGGUUCUUAUUUAUUUGCAUUUACACACUUUUCGAAUGACGAACAAUUAAAUAAUUUUGUACCUACGAGUAAUUAGUGAAGUUAUUGUUUAAUUUCUUCAAAGUUGUCACCAUUUUUAAAUACUUACCUAUUUUUAAUUUUUAUCAAUAAUAUAAGAUUGAUUUUGUUGUUACCCUGACGAUCAACUUACCUGUGUAUAUCAUUAGAUUUUUCUCUCUACUAGACUACUCAGUACUCUUAUUGAUUUUACGAGUACUUCGUCUGGCUGGGAUAUAUUCAGUUCAUUCGAAUAUUAGGCUUAAUUACUCAUUUAUAAUAUCGGAGUUAGCUUAUGAAUCAUGACGCGUUAUUUUUCUUAUCUUUUGUUAUCGAUACUAGAAAUCUGCGGUGGAUUAGAUGAAGUUUAAUGAGUAAACGAAUACGAGGUAUUACUGUAGCUCUUAUUCAUUCGGUUCAUAUUUUAUUAUUUUCGGUGUUUUCAUUUGUUUUGCCUUACCUAUGAUGUCGAAUUCGUUUGUUUGCACAUAGAUCAUCAAUAUACUUAUUAUUGUGUUAAUUGUGACGUAGGUAUAUUUUUGUCAAGGGGUGCGUUCGCGAAUUCGUAGCUUUUGGGGAAGUUGUCCAAUUUAUUAUUGAAAUGGGUGCGAUAAUCGACCCCACUUGCGCUGGAUGCUCUUUGAAGCGGUUGACAGUGGCCGUCUUGAUUAUGUACUUGUUUUCUGAGAUUGUUCACCUAUUGGCCGGAAUCUAUCAUUUAUGUUGGGAAGUAGCAAAAUCAUCACCACCCGUCGAUUUCAUAGAAAUAUUGUUGGUGAAGAAUAGCAUUUGUAUUAUUGUCUUGCAUGUUGCAUUUCUUGGAAUUUGUAAGAAUCAACCUGCCCUUCUGGUACCCGUAUUAAUCACCCGACUUAUAAUCUGUGUUGAGGAUGUAAUUGACUUACUUUGGUUCAUUUUCAAAGGACAGGCAAUAGUGCCAACUUCAAUACCCAUUGCUUACACCGAAAAUAUUUUCACAGAACUUAUAUUUGGUAUUUUGUUUCUAGCUAUUACUUUCUAUUUCUUCGCAGUCAUUUAUAGUUACUAUUGCGAAUUGAAAGAAGUGAAUCGCCGUAUGUUGCUUGAAAAAGUUAAGGGAAUUUCAGAAGGGCUUGCAGAAUGAUGUAAUAUUGUGCCAAAAGUGAAGAUAGCUAGACGUAUUUAAAGAAAAAAAUAAUGAUGUUUUGAGCACUGCCUUAAUUAUUCUUUACUGAAUUGUCAACUAAUAUCCUCAAUACGUACUUAAUCUACCUAUAUUGAGUAUUGACUCUAGUGGUGAUUUCUUUUUUAAAUUUAGGUAUGUACUUUCAUAAUUAUUGGACUUUUCAGCGAAUUAUAUUGCUUAGGUACGAGUACUUCUUUGUACAUUAUCAUUGAUUUGAGCAAUUAUGUACCUAUAAUUAACUAGCUAGGUAUAGGCAUAAUUAUUUUCCAAUUAAUUGUCGACUCACGAAAUAGGUAGGUAGCCUAAGGUACAUACCUGCAAACAAUUCAACACCAUUCAAGAAAUGAGUGAAUGAACGAAUGGAUGAGGUAUUUAUUUGCAUUUAUACACUUUUCGAAUAACAAAGAAUAAUGUAAAGUUAAUGUUCAAUGUUUUUAAAGUUGUCACUAUUUUUAUAUGUUUGUAUUUAGUUUUUAUCGAUCAAAUAAGAUUGGUUUUGUUGUUACCGUUGCUGUAAAUUUACGUGUAAGUAGGUAUAUUUUGUACUGUUUCAAUGAUAGGCUAUGUUAUACAUAGGUACUCAAUGUUGAUUGUUGAGGAUUGUUCCUUGUACGUUUAUAAAACGGCAGAAGUGAGGUCUUGCGUAAGACCUGUCCCGUUCCAGGGAAGUCAUUUUGUAUAAUCUCCCUUCAACUUAACGUUAUUUUGAUCAUGACCUGCGUUAUACGAUUUUUAGUCGCAAAGUCAAUCUGUCAUAUAUGCUGACUUCCCUUGUGCAAGCUGCAGUGUCCCAAGACCUCACUUCAACUGAUUAUUAAAUCAUGGUGUUCGUAUACCUAUUUUUUAAUCAAGCGAAAUAAACGACUGAGAAAAAUAAUUUAUCAAA